AUGUACCUCCGAACCUUUUUGACCUUUUUGAGCUCGGUGCUCUUGUUCGGAUUCAUCGACGCCUGCCGCAAGAAUGACGACAUCAUCGUCGAAUGGGUCCAGGCCUACAUGGGUUUCGAGGCCAGAGUCGGCCUGUUCUUGUGGGACUGGCUCGACAUCUGGCAAGAGGAUUUUGAGCGGGCAGUGUCCUGGUUGUACGCGGUCGUCACUCUCGCCGCCACGGUUGGUUUUGGUGUCUGGUUGACGUUGGACUGUGAGCGGCUCGCCCAGGUGUGUAUCUACGACACUUGGGCCGCCAUCUGUAUCGACGUCAAGGACUGCUUCGACCAGAUUUCCUCUUCGGCACAAUGCUUUUUGAUUUACUGUCUACCCUCCUCCUCGACGACUCUCACCGAAAUUCUUGUUGUUGACCCUCGCUCCUUCGUCAAUGUACCUCCUCCUGGGGCCUUCCCUGAUGAAUCCGCAGAGACCUGGGAAGAAGCUCUUGGAGGAGGACCCUUCCUUGAUGAAUCCAUGUGUACCUUGAAAGGGCCUGGAGGAGAAGGAGUGGUAGGCUUCCCUGAUGAAUCCUCAGGUACCUUGGAAGCUGCUGCUUCUUUUUCUUCUUCCCGGGGCAUUGACGAUGUGGCGGAGGCCACCACCACGGCUGUGUCCAUCACCGCCGGUCAGCAGCAAACUGCUGACCUACAACAACGACAAGGACGGGAAGAUGAGAGCGCCGCCCUCAAGUUGUUGAAGGUCGAACUUGACAAGGCAAAAGACGACCUUGUUCAAGAACGUUCUCGAAUUGCCACCCUCGAGGACGAAAAGAAGGCCGCUGCUGCUGGUGCUGCCACUGCUGCUCCAGUGGUGAAGGAGAGCAGAAUGUCGGUGUUCUCUCGACGCAAGAUGGAGGCGGAGAUGGGCAGACUUCGAAAAGAAGUCUUGUCCAUCGGACACGAAAAGUUGUCCAUCGAACGCCGGUCUCGAGAGCUCCAGAAUGAGCGAGACGCCAUCUUGAUCGAGAACCGACUUUUGAAAACUCGAUUGGAGGAAGAAACGGGGGUCGCUGCACCAGCAGCACCAGCACCAGCACCAGCACCAGCCGAAAAGACCGAGCCUCAACAACAAGAGGCCGGAACUCAAACGGACCUUGUUGUUGAGGUUCAACAACCUGCCGCCGUCGCCGCCGUGGCCACCGAUGUGACCACCACCAAUGUCGAAGAGCUGCAGAGAUGGCAGCAAUGGUUCGCCGAGUUGCAAUUCGCAUACGAAGCGACCAAGGAGACGUUGGGGCGUUGCGAUCAUGCACGCCAGGUGGCCAUUGGAGAGAGGGACGCGGCCACGCAAGAGAGGGACGCGGCUUUGGCACAGGUCGCCCAUCAUCAUCAACAGGCCAACGAAGCGGUCUGGGCAUUGACUCGGGAGAAUGAAAUGUUGAAGGAGUCAAUCACAAAGGUUCGAGCCGAGGCCCAGGCCCAGGCCAACAAGGCCAAUGCCAAUGAUGGUGAUGGGUCGUCGUCGUCGUCGUUGUCGUCGUCCAUCGUCUUCAACGGCUCGGCCACGGCGGCGGGCAAGGAGCGGGCCGGAAUGUUGAGGACGAUCCGCGACCUCGCGACCGACAAGGCCGCCCUGAGCAAGGAGGUCAAGGGCCUCAGGUCGGCCAACGAGGACCUUGCCGGCCAGGUCGCCCGGUUGGGGGCCGCCAACGUCGACCUCGCCAACAAGGUCGGCCAGUUGGAGACGGAGGUCGACGUCUGGAAACAGACCAACGACGUCGACGUCGAGAAGGCCAAGCAGGCGGCGUCGGACCACGAGCAGGUGUUGAGGUGGAAACAGGCUCAGGUCGACGCCGCCGAGGGCAGGGCCGACAUGAUGGUCGUCGUCCAAGAGGCGGCGGCCACUCAACAACAAGUCUCGGCGUCGGCGUCGGUGUCGGCCACGUCUCCGAGGAAGAACAAGCGGGUCGCCGCUCAACAGUUGGGUGGGGUGGUGAAGAAGAAGGCCCUCUGUGAAGAAGGGGAGGAGGAGGAGGAGAAGAAGGAGGAAGAGGAAGAGGAAGUGAGUGAGGAGGAGUAG